CCUACUGCAAAAGCAGCCUCUGCAUUUUUGUCUGUCUGAAUGCUGCUAGCACGGCGGAAAAAAACAGUGAGGGGAAGGAAAACUGAAGAAAUGUAAAAAUCCAACGUACUAUUACAUGGCAAGCGGAAGUCCUGCGCAAAUGGAGUUAAUCGCGGACUCCUUCGAUGCUAGAGACCCCGGAUCAAAAUGCCGAUGCCGAUGAGGACUUCCCUGAGCAGCAUUUGCUGGACGUACAGAAACUCUGCAGUAAACACCUGCUAUCCUCCUUUGUUUUACUAAAACCAUAGGAAAGUGGAGAGGACUACUGCUGAGUUCUUUCUGCUGGAGGAUGCAGCGCUGCACUUCACUUGUUUAAUGGACAGGCAUCUCUACCAGCCUCACCUGAGCGACGUGGACCUCGUGCUGGUGUCCCACCGUACGUUUUCCUCCCACAAGGACGUGCUGGGUGACCACAUCCCCUACUUUCAGGCCCUCCUCUCCCAGAGUCAACCACUGCACCGCAUAAACCUGGCCUUUGAGGUGCUGAGUAUCCAAAUCCUCAGCUUCAUCUAUAUCUAUAUCUAUAUUUCCAUCUUUGAAGUCCUACAGGUGGCCAUUGUGCUCCAAAUGAGUUCCUGCCACAAGCUACUUGGGUCCAAUGAGAUGGCAGACACAGACAGGCAAGGCAAUGUCUCGUUCAGUCAGAUGUACAAGAUGAAGGAGCUUGAGAAGAUGUACACACAAGGAAAUGGUACAUUCUCUUUGCUUGUAGAGGGCAGUGGUGUCAGUAGGGAAGUUACGCAGACACACUCAUCUAGCGUCCACUCCAGCCCUCGAGCCAAACAGUUCUACAAAAAAGAUGGCAUUGGAGGGGGAGUGGCUAACGGAGGAGGGCGGGGCUUAUGCACAAUGGAGGGAGGAGUCGGUCUAAAUGAAGUGGGAUCCCAGGAUAGUUCUGUCUCCUUUAACAGAGAGCAGAUUAUUGUGGAGGUCAAUCUCAACAACCAGACUUUGAAUGUUUCUAAAGGGUCUGACGGCAAGGGCGUCACCUUAAGUACCUCAUCCUUCCUCGUUAACCGUCACGCCAAUCUUCCCAAUGCGGUGGAGGGUAAGGAACAGGAUGAUAAUGAAGAUGUUGGUGAGGACGAAGAAGAAGAGUAUGAACACAGAAAGGAAGGGAUGGAAAAUUGCAGCGAUGACGAGGACGAUGAGGAUGAAGAAGAGAAUAAUCUCGACAUUCCAGAAACAGGACGGACCAGCGUGGAAAGACGGCGUGCCAUGGACACCAUCGCCAUGAGACCGACGCUAAAUGACACGACACUAAGGGAGGGGAGGAAGAGGAGUAAAGAGCAGGAGAGUCUGGGACAGAAGGUGAAGCUCGAAGAAAAGCAGCACUUUUCCUGCAAAAAGUGCCCUCGUGUUUUCAACAACCGCUGGUACUUGGAGAAGCACAUGAACGUCACCCACAACCGCAUGCAGAUCUGCAAUAAAUGCGAGGGCAGUGGUGUCAGUAGGGAAGUUACGCAGACACACUCAUCUAGCGUCCACUCCAGCCCUCGAGCCAAACAGUUCUACAAAAAAGAUGGCAUUGGAGGGGGAGUGGCUAACGGAGGAGGGCGGGGCUUAUGCACAAUGGAGGGAGGAGUCGGUCUAAAUGAAGUGGGAUCCCAGGAUAGUUCUGUCUCCUUUAACAGAGAGCAGAUUAUUGUGGAGGUCAAUCUCAACAACCAGACUUUGAAUGUUUCUAAAGGGUCUGACGGCAAGGGCGUCACCUUAAGUACCUCAUCCUUCCUCGUUAACCGUCACGCCAAUCUUCCCAAUGCGGUGGAGGGUAAGGAACAGGAUGAUAAUGAAGAUGUUGGUGAGGACGAAGAAGAAGAGUAUGAACACAGAAAGGAAGGGAUGGAAAAUUGCAGCGAUGACGAGGACGAUGAGGAUGAAGAAGAGAAUAAUCUCGACAUUCCAGAAACAGGACGGACCAGCGUGGAAAGACGGCGUGCCAUGGACACCAUCGCCAUGAGACCGACGCUAAAUGACACGACACUAAGGGAGGGGAGGAAGAGGAGUAAAGAGCAGGAGAGUCUGGGACAGAAGGUGAAGCUCGAAGAAAAGCAGCACUUUUCCUGCAAAAAGUGCCCUCGUGUUUUCAACAACCGCUGGUACUUGGAGAAGCACAUGAACGUCACCCACAACCGCAUGCAGAUCUGCAAUAAAUGCGGCAAGCGCUUUUUACUGGAGAGCGAGUUGCUGCUACACCAUCAGACAAACUGUGAGAAAAACAUACAGUGUGUGACUUGUGGAAAAGCUUUUAAAAAGCUGUGGUCUUUACACGAACACAACAAGAUUGUCCACGGAUAUGCUGAGAAAAAGUUCUCUUGUGAAAUCUGUGAAAAGAAGUUCUACACCAUGGCACAUGUCCGGAAACACAUGGUUGCUCACACUAAGGAUAUGCCAUUCACUUGUGAAACGUGUGGGAAGUCCUUCAAACGCAGCAUGUCUCUUAAAGUGCACUCUCUGCAGCACUCUGGAGAAAAGCCCUUCAAGUGUGAGAACUGCAGUGAAAGAUUCCAGUACAAAUACCAGCUGAGGUCGCAUAUGAGCAUCCAUAUCGGACAUAAGCAGUUCAUGUGCCAGUGGUGUGGGAAAGACUUCAACAUGAAGCAAUACUUUGAUGAACACAUGAAGACACACACUGGAGAGAAACCAUAUAUCUGUGAGAUUUGUGGAAAGAGCUUCACAAGCCGGCCCAAUAUGAAACGGCACCGCCGCACUCACACUGGCGAGAAGCCGUAUCCCUGUGACGUCUGCGGACAGCGUUUCCGCUUCUCCAACAUGCUCAAAGCCCACAAGGAGAAGUGCUUCCAGGUCAGCAACCCUGUGGUAUCUGAUGCCACCAACCUUGUGGCCCUGGACCCCAAGUCAACUGAUAUGGACACACCAGCCAAUCAGUUACCCAGCCACCCCAUGACCCCUCCCGGUGAGGCGUCCAGUCUCCACCAGGUCAAGUCACUACCCUUCGUUCACUCUAUCGUAGGUCUUCCAUCUCCCCCGGCUCUGUUUUCCACUGAAAAUGGUAACUCUGGUAACAACUAGUUUUGAAUAUAAGGUUGAAGUUCCUUUGAUUGUUUAUUGUCUGAAACCCAAAGCUUGCAGUAGCUCCUCAUGAGCUUUUUGAUUCACAUCCAAUGUGAAUCACUCUCAUAGGGGUUUCCAAACAUGCUGAGUGAGGUCUAAGACUUCCAGCGGGUGUUUGAACAGUGUGUGACACUGAAUAUUCCUUUUAAACUGUGCAAAUUUUCUUUUAUCUUAUUCUCAUAAAGAUAUUUUAUAUACUGUUCAAAUAAGCUUCUCGUAUUACAGAAAGAAAUGUUCUCAUUAUUUUUGUUGUUUAAUGCAUUUGUAUGAGCUACAGGAUUAGCAUUUAGCAUCGCAUUUCUGCAUUUCACACACUCUAGCCAUAGACGUUUACGCUUUGUCGGUUUAGUCUAACCAGUUGAGAUUCCCAUUAGCUGCCAUGUGAAAUGUUGAUAGGUACUCAUGUCUCACAGCAGAGGGUGCUGUGGGACAUGAGCAUUGCAAAGUUUUGGAACAGCUCUUCAGCCAAUAAACAUGUAGUAGCUGUGUCCGCCUGCCAUAACCAAAUCCAGAUGUAUUGCAGUAAUCAAAUCCUGUUAGCUUAUAUGUUAUUAUACUGA